AUGUCCUCCCCAAACCCCCUCGACGCCCCACCCCACAUCCUCCAGCUCCUGACCACCCUCCACAAAAAGUCCCUCGACCAAGAAGCGGCCAUCACCAAAAAGGAGACAGGCAAGGUCGUCUCCUCUGACAUUCUGGACAAUAUUGACACCGACCGUCCCCCAAGCUCCUCGACCGUCCCCCAAGCCGAGUUCGACCGCCUCAUGCUCGACAAGUUCAUCGCCUUAGACGAGGACAAAUGCCAUUUCGUCUACCAGCUCCUCACCGCGAUGGGCGCCACCACCGUCGUCGAGGCGGGCACUAGCUUCGGCGUGAGCACCAUCUAUCUGGCGCUGGCCGUGGCCAAGACCGCCGCCCGCACGGGCAAGCCCGGCACGGUGAUCGCCACCGAGAAGGAGACGAGCAAGGCGGCGAUCGCGCGCGAGUACUGGGCGCAGUGCGGGCCGGAGGUCGAGCGGGUGAUCGGACUGCGGGAGGGGGAUUUGCUGGUCACCCUGCAGGAGGGGGUGUCGGAGGUGGAUGUGUUGCUUUUGGAUAUAUGGUGUGCGCUGGCGCUCCCCACGCUCAAGACGGUUCUGCCUCGCUUGCGGCGCGGGGCGGUGGUGUUGACGGAUAAUACGAUCUCCGCGGCGGAGGGGUAUAAGGAUCUUUUGGUGUUUUUGCGGGAUCCGGUGAAUGGGUUUAGGAAUGUGACCUUGCCGUUUACGGGGGGGUUCGAGAUGAGUGUUUAUUCGCCGUGA